AUGAUACUCUUUUUCCGCAUUAAGCAUCUAAAGUUCUCUGAAGCUUCUGGGUUGGCUGCUAAUAUGGACAAAAGUAACAUUUAUUUUUGUGGGGUUUUUGAGGUGACAUCUAGGGAGCUGGCUGAAAUUGUUCAUAUGCAAAUUGGUGAGCUGCCUUUUACGUAUCUAGGGGUCCCUCUUACAUCAAAGAAGUUGUCUUAUGCCCAAAGCAAGCCUCUGGUUCAGAAAAUUACCAAUAGAGCUCAAACAUGGAUAGCUCACUUGCUUUCAUAUGCUGGAAGGUUACAACUGGAGGUUCUAUGGACUGAUAGCACUGAAGAUUCUAGGAAUGCACCUAUAGCCUGGACAACUCUUCAGUUGCCAAAAAGUGGUGGAGGGUGGAACAUUAUUAAUAUGGUGUAUUGGAAUAAAGCAGCAAUGAUUAAACUCUUGUGGCUAUUGAGUUUAAAAGAGACAAGUUGUGGGCGAAAUGGCUCAAUUCAUAUUACAUUGGAAGACAAGGAGUGCUUACUGUCAAUCUAA